AAGCUUUUAUCCAAGUACUGUCACUCCUCGAGAUCGAAGUCAAGGACCCGAACUGUAUCUGAUAUCCUGAAUCUGUAACAAUAGUGUUAUCUAUCAAUCAUGAUCAUGGCCACAUCUACUGAGUCCUCUGUUAGCCGAUUCCUCCCUGAUCCAAAGUCUGUUGCGAUUGUGGGAUGCCCCUUCAGUGGUGGCCAGACAAAAGCUGGCGUAGAUAAAGGCCCCAUUUACCUCGUUGAAGCUGGCCUUCCCCAACAACUCGCUGACCUCGGUUGGCAAGUCCAAUUCGACGGACAUCACCAGUUCGAAGAGAUCUCAGCCGCAUCCGACCCUCCCAUUGGCAAACUCAAGAACCCCCGGUUUGUCUCGAAAGUAUGCCAGGCCGUCGCUCAGGUCGUCGGCGGCCAUGCGAAGAAGGGUCAGUUACCGUUAACACUGGGCGGGGACCAUUCAUUGGCUAUGGGAACUAUUUCUGGCACCCUAGAUACAUACCCUGACGCAUGUCUCGUUUGGGUCGACGCUCAUGCGGAUAUCAAUACCCCUCAGACUACUGAUUCUGGUAAUAUCCAUGGUAUGCCCGUCUCCUUCCUCCUAGGCCUCGAUACCUCCGUCCCCGAAUUUGCCUGGGUCAAACCCAACCUCAAACCCAAUAAACUCGUCUACAUCGGUCUCCGCGACAUCGACGCAGGUGAGAAGAAGAUCCUGCGUGAAAACGGUAUCAAAGCCUUCUCGAUGCACGAAGUCGACAAAUGGGGAAUCGGGAAAGUCGUGGAGAUGGCCUUGGAUCAUGUGAACCCCAAGAGAGAAUCGCCUAUCCAUCUUAGUUUCGAUGUGGACGCAUUGGACCCGAGUGUUGCUCCGAGUACGGGUACUCCAGUCAGAGGUGGUUUGACUUUCAGGGAAGGGCAUUAUAUAUGCGAGGCGAUCUAUGAGACUGGAUGUCUCGUUGCCCUCGACAUUAUGGAGGUCAACCCAUCCCUGGCAGACGCAGCUUCAGCUGUACAAACUGUUGCCGUCGGCUGCUCGCUCGCUCGUUCCGCACUCGGUGAGACUUUGCUGUAGACAGCCCUCUGGAUUCUGAGUUGGGAUAAUAGAAGAACACAUCAAUACCGUACAGUCUGUUGCCUCCGAGCAUCGUGACAUUCACAAUAGAAUAGUCUGGACAAACAUAAAGCUCGUUACAUGAAUACCAGAAUCCUCCCUGCUGAGAACUCU